UACCAUCAAAUUAUGCGUAGAAGCAACUAAUUAACACUCUCUCCAUCCCCAAUAACUGUUCUAUAAAUCACCAAAACAGAAUCAUCACAAUCUCCAAGGAAGUGGUUGUAAGUUGUAACUGACUCUAACAGAAUUACAACGCAAAAAGCAUGAGUAAUAACAGCAGCAUGUCAACCAAGGCAUUGAAUAGUCUUGGAAACCUGAUAAAGCUGCUGCCAACGGGGACGGUGUUCAUGUUCCAGUUCUUGAUCCCCAUCGUAACCAACAGCGGCCAUUGCACCACGCUCAACAAGUACCUCACCGCCGCUCUCCUCGUAAUCUGCGCCUUCAACUGCGUCUUUGCUUCUUUCACCGACAGCUACGCCGGCUCCGAUGGUCUUCGCCACUACGCUCUCGUCACGCCCAAAGGUCUCUGGCCUUCUCCGGCCUCCGACGGCGUUGACAUGUCAAAAUACAAGCUUAGGGUGGGUGAUUUCGUCCACGCUUUUUCGUCGCUGAUUAUUUUCGCCAUCUUGGGUUUGCUUGAUACGAACACGGUGCGUUGUUUCUACCCUGGCUUUGAGUCGUCGGAGAAGGUUCUGGUGCAGGUUCUGCCGCCGGUGAUUGGAGCGGUUACGAGUGCUGUGUUUGUUAUGUUCCCUGAUAACCGCCAUGGUAUAGGGUACCCUACCAGCGAGGACCCUAAUGACGUUACUGAUAAAAAUUCCAAGGCCUAAUUAAUAAUUAAUAAGAUAUUUAUGUUAUGUUUAGGGUAAUUAUUAUUCACAUAUAAACGUAUCUUCAGUUAACGAA